UCAUUUUUAUGAUUACAUACAGUCUGUACUAUAAAGCCCCUCCUCUCCUUUUUUUUCCCCUCUUUCAUUACUCAAAUUUGAAAAAAUUGCUUUUUCCAUUUCAUCAUUCUCUCUCUACAUUUUUUUCUCCUUUCAGUUUUGCGGAAAGCUUUAGUACAUCAAGCGGCUUUGUUUUUGCUCAUAGCUAUAAUUUUCAGAUUUUCUUUUCCAGUGCUGGAACUGACUCUAUUCGAGAUGGACACAACCCUCUAUUGUUGAAGAGAGAAAAAUAAUUGACUAGUAAAUAAACACCUGAAGAGAUGACAAAGCAUCGGUUCAGGGAAAAAGUCAAGUCCUUUUUUGGAAGUCAUGUUGAUCCUGAGAAAGAUAAGGAGCUGAAAGGAACCAAAGCUGAAAUUGAAGGCAAAAUUCAGAAGAUCUUAGCCUAUCUUAAAGGAGAUGGCAGAGAUGAAAAAGAACCACUGGUGGAGAUAGUUCAAGAUUUUCACAAUCAUUACCAAUCACUGUAUGAUCGUUAUGACCAUCUCACUGGAAAACUGAGGGAAAAUGUACAUGGAAAACACGAGAAAGAUACUUCUUCCUCCAGCUCAGGCUCAGAUUCAGAUUCAGACUUCAGUACGAAAAAUAAGGGCAAGAAAAAUGGUAAACUGGAAUUCACAGAAGUAACAGAUGGCAUCAAGGAAGAAUUGGCAAGCGCAAAUCUGGAAAUAGUUGAAUUGAAGGCUCAGUUGACAGCUGCGAAAGAAGAAAAGGAGGCUUUGCAAUCCGAGCAUCAGAGCGCUUCGAGCAAAUUGCAAGAAGCAGAAACAACAAUCAGUAGUUUGACUAGCGAAGCAGAAAGGUUGAAGGAAGAAAAUUCAAAGCUUCUAGGUGAGACAGUGGUCCUCAAAGAGAAUUUGGAGAGAUCUGCAAAAUCAGAAGCUGAAUUAAUGCAGAAGCUCGACGAGAUAACUAGAGAAAGAGAAAGCUUACUCUUGGAGAAACAAUCCAUGGGAAACAGCGUUUUAGAAAGCAAUAGUACUAUUGAAGAAUUAAGAACCACUAUGGGGCAGUUGAAGGAAGAGAAAGAAACCCUACAGGUAGAUUUGGAAGCCCUCAAAAGCGAACUUCCCUCGGUGAAGGAACAACUCGAUUCUGCUGAAAAGGAAAUAGCUCAGCUAAGUCAAACGCAAAAGGCCACAGAGGAAGACAAUUCUUCACUAUCAUCGAAAGUUUUACAGCUCUCGGAGGAGAUAGGGCAAGCUCAACAGAAGAUCCAAGACCUUGUGACUGAAGCUGACCAGCUAAAGGGGAUGUUAGAUGAGAAAGAAAAGGAGUUCUCUUCUCACAAGGAGGUACAUGAUGCUCACAAAAAUGAAUCAUCGACCCGUUUAAGAGGUAUGGAACUGGAGAUUGAUUCACUGCAGUCUCAGAAAUCAGAAAUAGAGAAACAAAAGGAAGAUGAGCUCUCUGCGUUGCUGAAGAAACUUGAGGAAAAGGAGGAAGAAUUCUCAUUGCAGACGGAAGCUUUGACAUCAAAGAUGAACAAUAUGCAACUUGAAAUCGACUCCUUGAAUGAACUGAAAGGCAAGUUGGAGGAGCAAAUGGAGCAAGAAAGAAGCAAGAUGUCAGCUGAAGUUGAAAACUUAACAAACGAGGUGAAUAAGAAGGACCAAGAAUUAGAGUCUCUUUGCAGCCAGAAACUUGAAUUGGAAGCAGAACUGGAGAAGAAAGCACAAGAAAUUGCGGGAUUCUCAAGUGAGAGAGAGAGUUUCAAGCAGGAUAUAGCAAACAAAUCUGCAGAGUCACUGAAAAUUCUGGAAGAGAAAGAAAGUUCUCUUUCACAAGUGAAGGACCUAGAAGUGGAGCUAAAAUCACUUCAGAAUCUGAAACUUGAGUUCGAAGAGCAGUUGACAAGCAAAGAUGAGACGAUUGCUCAGAUGAAAAACGACAAGGAGAUGAUGCAAGAUAAAAUUUCUGAAAUUGAGAGGGCAUUAACUGAGAGAGAAAGUGAACUAGCUAUUUUAAGGAAGAAAUCUGAAGAAGGAGAAACUGAAUCAUCUACUCAGAUUGCGGCCUUAACUUUACAGGUGAGCAAUCUGCAAGAGCAUUUGGAGAAUUUGCAAGUUCAGAAGUCUCAAGUAGAGUCUCAACUCGAGGCAAAAGCUGGAGAAGCAUCAGAAUACCUCACUCAGUUGGAAAAUUUGAAGGAGGAAUUAGCAACGAAAAUAUCACAUGGCCAGAGAUCGCUGGAAGAGAUGGAGGGCCUAGCGGUACAGAUCAGGGAGGAAAAGGGAAAUCUCCUAAGCAAAAUAUCUGAACUAGAAUUUGCAUUAGCGGAGAAAGUGGAAGAGCAUGGAACCUUGCGACAGAAGCUAAAGGAAAUGCAAAACGAAGCUUCUACUCAGAUUGUUGCCUUGACUGAAGAAGUUAAUAAGUUAAAGCUGCAGAUAGAAUUGCUGCAGACCGAGAAAGGCCAGCUGGAGUUGGUAAUUGAGAGUGGUAAACAAGAAUCUGCUGAAAGUUUGGCAGAAGCAGAGAAUCAGAUCACUGAAUUAUCACAAAAGAUUUUGGAUCAGGAAAUAAAGCUGAAAGAGCAGGAGGAAGCACUCUCGAAGUUGGUGGAAGAGAGGGACAGUCUAGUGGUACAGGUCAAUGAUCUCCAGGCCGAAGUGAAGUCUCUUUGUGAACAGAAGAGUACAUUGGAAGAAGACAUAAGCAGUGCAGACAAUGAGAACAAUCUACUGAAGGAGGAAAAGGGAAGUCUCCUAAGCAAGCUAUCUGAACUGGAAUUCACAUUAGCGGAGAAAUUGGAAGUGCAUGAAACUUUGCAAAAGAAGCUUGAGGAUGUGCAAAAUGAAGCUUCUACUCAGAUUGCUGCCUUGACGGAAGAAGUUAAUGAGUUAAGGCAGAAGAUAGAAGCACUGCAGACUGAGAAAAGCCAGCUGGAAUUGCUAAUUGAAAAUGGUAAACAAGAGUCCACUGAGACUUUGGCACAAGCGAAGAAUCAGCACACGGAAUUAUCACAAAAGAUUGUGGAUCGGGAAAUGAAGCUGAAAGAGCAUGAGGAAGCAUUUGGAAAGUUGGAUGAAGAGCACAAAAAGCUCGAUGGUGUGCUGCAGGAGUACAAAGAAAGUCUCAAACUUGCAGAAAUGAAGAUUGAAGAGAUAACAGAAGAAUACCAGAAGAAUCUUGAAAGUAAAGAUCGGAAAAUAGACGAACUGGAUGACAAGAUUGAAGAUCUGAAGAGGGAUCUAGAAAUGAAAGGAGAUGAAAUCAGCACACUGGUGGACAAUGUCCGGAACACUGAGGUUAAGCUACGAUUAACCAACCAGAAGCUUCGGGUGACCGAACAGUUGCUGACCGAGAAAGAAGAGGACCACCUGAAGAAAGAAGAGAAGUUACUGCAACAUCAAAGGUUCCUGGAAGAGAGGAUUGCAACAUUAUCAGGGGUUAUUGCUGUAUACAAGGAAACUCAAGCCAAAAUAAUAGCAGACCUUUCAGAUAAAGUAAGUGACACUUUGACUCAAAUAGAUACGUUCAAUAUGAAGUUUGAGGAAGACACCGGUCACCUGGAGUCCCGCAUUUACGAAAUAUUGAAUGAGCUUAAGGUUGCUUUGAACUUGAUCAAAGUAGCAGGUGAAGAAAAGAAGCAGCUGAAGAAGGAAAUCGACAUUCUACUGCAACAACUGAAAGAUGAGAAAGAAUGUGCAUCGGUGCUAAAAGAGAAGGUUGAACAAUUGGAAAACGCAGAGAAAAACGAGGUGACUCAGAGGGGUAGUUUGACGGAAACUGUUCACCAACUUGAAGAGAAGAUAGCUACAUUGCAUAAAAUCAUUGCAGAGAAGGACGAAAAGAUGGGAGAGUAUGAAAGGAAGAUGAAUGACAAAGAUAAAGGAAUGUUAGAUUUGAGUGAGGAAAAACGGGAGGCAAUAAGGCAGUUAUGUAUUUGGAUCGAUUACCACCAGAGUCGCUAUGAUGAUCUUAUAGAGAUGAUCUCAAAGGCUAGAGGAAGAAGACAAGUAGCUGCUUGAAAUUCCUUUACAAUAUGGUACAUUAUUUUGGUUAUGGUUUUCCUGGUUACCUCAGUUUUGGUCAUUUUGUUUUUGGAGUGAUUUAUCUUCUUCGAUCAUAGUUUCUUUGGAAUACCCUUAUUUAGGCUGUAUAGGCAGGUAAUGCUACCAUUUUUUCAGUACUGGAACUUCAUUCAUUGGAUAUAUCGAUUAGUGGAACCGUAAUAUUGUGAGUAUUACAUGCACAUUUGUAAGAUUGUUUUUGGGAUAUAGAAAUUAUUUCUAGACUUCAUUCAUUGGA